AUGCCGACCCAUUCUCGGAAAUCAUCUGGAGGAGCCUCACAACACACCACGCAAAGGCGCAAUUCGACUUCCCAGCAGACGCCGCCCAAGCCGCCCAAGCCGCCCAAGCAUCUGCGCAACAAUACCGCUCCCGAGCCGCCGACACUCUUGCGCCUGCCAUCUGUGAGCUCGACCACCUCCGCCCGACGACCCCCAGCCUCGCAUAGUGGCCAUGGCAUAGAUAAUUCGCGCGGCCCUCCUGUCACCUUGGUUACACGCAGUCGAAGUUCGCAAAACCCCGCCGACUUUGCCUAUGCGCAGCAGCAACAACUCAUCCACUCAGGCCUGGUUUCCCCCACUAGCUCCCACCACUCGAGCAGCAGACGACGCGGGGAGGACGAGCUGGGGACCUCUAGUGAAGCCCCGCGACCACCACCACAACAAACAAGCGCAGCAGACCCUGGCACUGGGAAUCUCCCCAGACCCCGCCCGCCCCGAAGAGCCUCUACCAGCAGUUCGAGGCCGCCCCCACCGCGACGCAUGGCCAGCUCAACCGACGAGUCGUCCGAAUACGACUCUGGCCCCCGCAGCCGAAUGGAGGACUACCACGCGGCGCAUAGCGGGAGAGGUGCGCCCGCGCCUGCCACUCCAGGAGCAGAUGGAGAGAAGGAGGACCUGUUUCUGAACAUCGCCGCAGACAGCGCGCCCAAGCCCCAGCGCCCAGCAGAGUCCGCAACAGCGCGCGUCGAUCGAUUGAAGGUGAGCGCCCCAGCCCGCGCAGACAACAUGUACGAGCGCAUAGAGUUCAGCAAGAGAACGCUGUAUCCGGCGGAUACACCUGCUGCUUACACAUCAUCCUCACGAGUGGCCCGAGUCAACAACCGGCAGUCGCUCCCCUCUGCGCUGCAGUCGCCCUCGCCCGUGCAGUCGACCUCAGUGACACCAACAACAACAAGCCGCAUACCCUCCGCUGUUGCCCUGGAAGCCAGGUCGAGCGGCAUACGUCGGUCAUCGCUUUUGCCUACUCCCUCCAGAUACGAGCGAUCCCCAAACUCGCCUGCGCCUGACGCAAUACGAACCCGAGAUCUCAACCACAAAGCCUCCUUCACCUCAUCCCGAAGAGACGCAGAGCUCUCCCCACGCGACUUCCUAGCCCAGUUCUCAAACUCGUCCAGACGACCAUCUCAGCCUGAGGUGCAACACACGCCGCCAAGUCGCACACCAGCAUACCCUUACAGGCCGUCAAACCUGUCACACGAGCCACGGACGCCCCAAGUGGAGACGUCGUUCGAGGCUGGUUCACGCGCCGAUGGUACCGAGUCGCAUGGCUCUACAGGGCCUGCUGCGUCUGUGUGGGACGAGCUGGACGAGUUGAAGUCCAGGAUACGGAAGAUCGAGAUGGGCGGCAAGAUACCAUCGACAUCAGGCGCCAUCGUGAAUCAAGCUUCGGCUUCGGCCGAUCGUCCACGAACAGCCAAUACUUCAGCUACGACAGUGUCCUCUUCACCAAACCAGCAGCGCAAAUCGAACCCGUCACCCUCUGAGUCGACAGUGGGCAGUAAUACACCUAACAACAGCAAGACACACCCUCUGCUGAGGGACGCUCUCAGCAAAGCUAGGCAGCAUGUCUCUCCAGCUGUGUACCGCACCCUGGAAUCAACCGCGACAGAAGCACUCGCGUUGGCAGAGAUGAGCGGCAGUGCGGGACCACAGGGCACACUCCAUUCUGCUAGCUCCAUCAUCAACGGCUCUGUAGUGUCGGAUCGCCAGGUCCGUCGCAAAGCCGACAACCUCUGCCGUAGUCUUACAGAGCUCUGUAUAGCUCUAUGUGACACCAAAACUGGUCUUGCCAGUCCAGCCUUCCGAUCAAAUACAGCCACAAUAUCACGCAGGCCAAGCGUACAAUUCAAUGGCGAUUCGCCGACAAUCCGACAAAGCAUCGAACCCGAAAGCAACACAUUGACUGGCGUCAGCCCUAGCAGAGCCAUGUCACGCAUCGAGGCUCGAAGGACCAGUAUGCUUAUUCCUGAACCCAAUGGCAGCCAAAGAGGAAACAGCCAAGAACCUUACGACGACAGACACACUCCGUCGCGCAUGCAGCGGGCAGGCACAAGCUUCCACCAGACACGCAACAGCGUGGAUGAGGAAGAUGAGGACCCGAUAUUUCGUGCGCCAUCCCGUGCAAUGACCUCCAUCGAUUUUAGAGCCCGUCAUGGUGGUCAGAGUCAAGCAGACAACAAAAAUCGAUUCAGCAGACAGUACACAUCUCGCGAGCCAAUGCCUGACCUACAACCAUCACCUGCGCUCCAAACUACCGCUAGUUUGCGUCGGCCCAGUGUCUCAAGUAGUACGCCCUCGAAUGAGCAUAGUCUACUAUUCCGGGACGGUCAGAGCCGCUACGGUCACAACUUGGGUCGUGAAGGCUCGCCAGCCAACUAUGAGAAGACCUUGACAGGGGGUUUACGACCACGAGCGCAAUUGAAUGUUGCCCGGAAUCCGAACAACAGACACUCAGUGGGCGUGCUUGAGCAAGCAGUGAUUGUUACUCCGCGGCCACUUGCAGGCUCUCACAUCGCGCAGGUCGCCACAACUUCUGACCCUAUAUACUCUACAGUUUCAACCAGCAACUUCGGAUCCAGGAAACGAAGCCACGACAUCAUGGUCGAGCAAAAUGAGGUUUCUGACGAGCGCAUGCCUGUCCAGGUCACCGCGCAGGUCGCGCUUACUUCAUCGGAUCAGUCCGUCCCACAUCCAAACUCUUCUUCUCAGUCACAAUCAACUGCCGGAUCACAAUCACUCAUACCUACUGUCGUGCCCGUAUCCAUGAGCCAGCCUGACUCUGAUUCAUGUUUGAAAUCAUCUGCGGUCGAUAUUGAUUUCCUUCAGGGCGCAGAGCCACAUAUCUGGUCAAAACGACUGGCAUCUCCACCGGUUCAGAGUGACCCCACGAUGGAUCUGCAACUUCUAGGUGAUACGCACAAGCGUUCGCGAUCACAAGAGGAGAAACACACUCGUUGUACCAUGCCCAUAACUCCAUCCUUCCUUGAUGAUUUCAGCAACGAGCAAGAUCGUCUUCGGCUACAGACCUCAGAGACAGAAAUUCCCUACGUUGCUUUAUCGCAACAUUCGCUUCCUGAUCCCCGUAGAUAUGCUGCCUUUGUUCCAAUGUUCUAUACUGAGAUUCCUCACAACACCGAGAAUUUCCUUGAGCUCGGGGACGUCACCUUACAAAACGACGCCUUUCACUAUAUUGGCGCUACCUGUUACGCCUUGUCUGGUAUGGAAGUCUGGAUGCGUGGCGAGAGUCUGGACAUGGCUCUCGAAGUACUUCGCCGUGAUGAAGAUUGCGAUACUUACGGUAUCGACAUUGCCAAUUCCACUGUGGCCCAGAUCUGCUGUUUCGCCUCAAGCGGUAUAGAUGGCCCUUCAGGAGAAUACGACCAGUAUAGGGCACGUUACAACAACAAGAACUGGAUCAUCGUUGUUUGCAACGAUGGCAUGGGUGGUAUCGAGAACGAUGGAACCAGCGGGUCACAUUGGUCUAUGGUGGCCAUGGACAGGAUCUCGAAGAUUGCGUAUUACUACGACUCGUUGUGGGUUGAUCGGCACGAAUACCAGAACUUGGGUCGCAACAUCUCCCUCGGUAUGCUCAACAUCCUCGGCGAAGACAUUUCUCUAUGGAAAUACCUCAUACAGCUCGAGAGCCCCGAUCAGAACUUUGACAACUUGUUCAAGCAGGAUGGAGGUGCCUGCGGGCCCUUUGUGUACAAGAUGACGCAAAUCUUGAUCAGAUAUAUAAAAAGUCAGCAAUCAUUGGGUGUGGAACGAUUGAGUCUGGCUGUAAACUACGCAUGGGUGACGCAGGUGUUCUCACCGCAAUUCCAUUCGGGUGUUGUCCGCCGCGAGAUGCAGGACAGUAUCUUUCGUUGGCACCGUAUCAACCGAGCGGCGGCGAUCGCAGACCGUCACGACUACCAGGCUAUCCAAGAUACAGAUGCUGUUCUGGACGACGGGCCAGUCGUCUCGUUUGAGAUCCCGCCGAAGCCACGGCUUCCGGUUCUGCGUCGAACUCGUCACACUAAUAAGCUCUCAAGGUCACACCACAUCAGGCGUGGCUGCUUCAGCGGUACCAACUACCAUGACCCCGUCGAUUUGGACGAUAGCGACGAAAACUGGACCAUGGGUAACAGCAGUGACAACAGUACUGCAGGAUCCUCAAGUGGUGGUACCGUUAUCACUGGACAUGAAGUUCUCUGGGAAGACGCAGGCGUCGAUACAGCUAUGGACGACGAAAAGCUUUUUCCUGUCCUCGACAGCGGUAUUCAGCAUAUUGAAGCAACUGAUGACGUCCAAGACGAACAUACGCCUGUUCGUCUGCACAGAGUCGUCAGCCCAACGGAGCCUGUCGACGCGAAGGACAUAGUGUGA